UAUGAAUCCACUUAUCCGUAUAAAGAGAAGAUGGAUGGCACGUAGAAGCAUCAGUCAAACGCGGGAUCUCAGUCAUGUUAGUGACAAUCAUACCGUUUUUCUUGGCUGCGCAGGUCGCUGUCGAUGAUCCCAGUCGACAAUCGGAAUGGGCCAUGUACGGUGGCGAGUGCACCUACGAAGUUUUCAUAAUAUCCGUAAUCGACAAUUAUCUCUACGCUUCGAUCAAAUCCGAUUUCAAAUGCCGGCUCAAAGCAGAGGACACCCUCAGUUGUCGCUUCCAGAACAAGCGGAUCCGGCACACUUAUCCGCUGAAAAACGAGACAGGCUUCGUGCCUACGAUAAGAUUCGUGGGCGGAGAGCCCUUUGAGAUCCAUUUCAACCUGAGUGGCGUUCAGUACCUGGUGGUGCACAAAACAAUUCCCAAGUGGCAACUGGACAUGAUCAAGGUCAUAGUGAGCCAGCUGAAUGACAAUUUCGAAACGGCGCGGCGUUACCCCCAAAUUAUCGAAAUCCCUGCUAGGGGGAACUCGACGGUGGGUGAGUGCGAAGUUAACGUCACUCUUGGCAGGACCGACAAAAAGCACGACGACGACGAUGAUGACGAAGAGGACGGUUCCGGCAUGAAAGAGAGUGAGGAUUUCGAGCUCGGAUUUGUGUGGAUGCACGACAAUUUUGCGCAAACUAAUGGCAAGUUCCGCAUAAAGAAGAUACAACAGCUGAAGGGGUGUCCGCAAAGGACCAUCUACUUCUUCUUCAGGAAAAGGAAAGAUGACGGUCGCAGUGAUGGAGCACUCUACAUAGACAUGAUCUAUUCAACGAACUACAUCACGAUCACGAAGAACCACUUCAUGUCCCGUAUGGAAAUGACGGGGGUAAUGAAUACGGCGAUCGAGACGCAAGGGAUGCAGCUUAAGCAGAUGAUCGAUUUGAAGCUGAGACGAAUAGAUCUUACGCGAGAUUCAUUGCCGGAGAUCCGGAAUCCAACCUCGAUCAGUCUGUGACGUUCUUGAGUCUGAAAACGAUUUCGGAGGACGCGUCAUUCAACCGAAUAUCUGAAUAUCUUGAAUCCGUGAAUAUCUUGAGUUGCAUUCAAGAUAUUUACGAAUUUCUGAUAAAUUUCGGACAAAUGAGAUUUCGAUCGUGCACCGUUCAAGAAUAAGUAGAACGAAAUAGCCGCUGUAUAGUUCAUUUAAUUCUUCGUCGUCGCGUGAAGAGCCCUUAUCAGACUAACAAUAAGUAUUGAAGAUCGAGAAUUGCGGAUUGAAGAUUAGAGCUUCGUUGAUCGGGGCAAAGCGAACCGAGAUCGAAAUUAGUCGAUUCGUCGAAUUUUAACCUUCAAUACGCGAUCCUCAGCCCUCGAUACUUAGGUAACGAUCAUGUGAUUUUUUCCUACGAAUGAAAACGUGAAAAGCGAAAAGUUUCCCAUAGACUCGACGAGUUCAGCGAUCAUGCAACUGUUCAAACAAUAAAAAUGCGGAACUUUUCACUUUCCACGUUUUCAUUCCCAGGAUAAAGUUAUACACAGUAAAGAAUCUUGUGUCCAAAUGUUAAAAUUUUAUUGUUUUACCAAAUUUUGAUUAUUAUUUCAAUGUAAAAUUAACAUACAACUGAUACGUUACCAUUUUCGUAACGUUUCCAUGUGUUAUAUUUAUGUCAAUUUAGUAACUUAAUAUUUUUUAUGUAACGUUUAAAAAUGAAAUAUUAUUUCGAAUUUUGUUGCCGCAAAAAUUAAUCUAACAUAUUGUUGUUAUCUCAUAUUUUGUGUUAAAUCGAUAUUCAAAAUUAUAUAUAUAUAUACAUAUAUAAGUGUUAAGAUAACACGUUUUAUACUUCAAUGUUGAUUAGAUAUUAAUUUUACUGAAUAUUAUUGAUUAUAUUUUAUACGUUCAAAUUUACAGACAAGUUGUGUUAAUCUCACCUACAGGAACAGUUGUCAUCUUAAAACUUAGGCAAUACGAUAUACUAAAACUGAAGUAUAACUAAAGCAUAGCAAAGUCGUACGAUAUGUAAAAUAGACUCAAAAUUCAAAAUUGCCGAGUUCGAAUCCUAUUAAUGGUAAGCACAUUUUUCAAUACGAUAUUAAUUGAAUCAAUGAAAUGGCACGUAAUUAAGAAGAUUUCAAACAUAGUCACUGACGACAUCUUAAGAACAUGACUAAAAAAAAGUGAUAAGUAAAUUUUUUUAGCGUGAAAAUAGUAUUUAUUACACAUGACAUUAUAAAUUUAAUGAAUAUCAAGUGUUACCAUUACGAAUAAAAUUUAAGUCAAAUUAAUAGCACGUAUUGGAAGAAAAUGUAUCAGUGUCGACCCAUAAACAUUUUCAAUUUGUGAAUAAGCAACACAUGAGGUGCGAGUUAUUUCGACUCUAAAAUUUAGAGCGGACUUUCUGGGACUUCGUGUGUAAAAAUGGUUACAAUUGACAUUUUACUUUUCACCGCGCAUGAUCGCCGGCCUGGUCUGAUAGCGGCUUAAAAGUAGAGACGUCGCGUACCUCCCGCGUUUCGCCAAACGAACGCGCAAGCAUAAGCAAAACAAAGCAUUGUGUAGUUCGCGACGCACUUACGAGGCAUAAAUCGUUGGAUGUAGCUGCAAUAAAGGACCGCUUGAAAGCAGAGAA